AUGACCGCCGAACAAUCGCAUCAACGAGAACAAACGAGAGAGUUCUUCGUGGAUGCCAUCGCCGGGUGGGUCGCCGGUGCCAGUUCCACCGUUUGCGUGCAACCGGUGGAUACGAUUUUGACGAGGGUACAAAGCGCGUCGAUUCCAUCAUCGUUCGCGGCGGCGGCGGCGAAUACGACUACUACUUCCACGUCAUCAUCUUUAUCGUCGAGAGGAGGAAGCGCAGUAGGUACGGGAACGACUCGAAACGUGCUCCAAUCUGUCUUUCGAGACGGUGGGUACAAAGCGUUCUUUCGAGGUCUCCCGGCGGCGACGAUGGUGAUUCCGUUGCAAAAUAUGCUCCUCUUUGUAGGGUACGGCGUCGGCGAGCGAUGGAGCAAAACAUCGAUGGAUAAGAACAACGAGAACAAAAGCGAGAACAAUAAAAUGAACAGAACGCACGACGGUUUAAUGCCCGUGUUUGUGGGCGGCGUGUGCGGCGGGAUCGUCCAAUCGUUCGUCGUGGCGCCGUUUGAAUUGUUGAAAGUGAACCAACAAGUUCGAGGCGGGUCGGCCAAGGCGGUCGCGGAGAGGUUGUUGACUGGGAAUAGCACCACGCGCAAUCACGCGGCUUCGGUAGCGUUUAGAGGUUUAGGGUCCACGUUGUUGAGAGAUGGAGUACCGCACGGGGUGUGGUUCGCGUCGUACGAAUAUUUCAAGAGAAAAUGUUUAGAGCGACACCGGGGAGAAGACCAACGACACCUUACGCGAGAAGAAGGAGAAGAAGAAGAAGGAGGAGAAGAAAAGAAACUUUCGUCGAUAGAAGCGAUGUCGUGCGGCGCGUCCGCGGGUGCCGUCGCGUGGGCGGUCGGAUACCCUUUCGAUACGAUUAAAACGCACAUUCAAGCGAAUUCCUCGAACGCGUACAAACCAAACAUUUGGGAGGCGUUUUCGCACUUGCGAAGAACGAAUACGCUAUAUAAAGGCUUCGGAUUGAAACUGUUGAGAGCGGUCCCAGCGUCUGCUAUUUGCUUCGUAUCCUACGAGGAGUGUCGUAAACUCAUGGAUUAA